UCCCUUCUGCUUCAGCCUCCCUGACAUCUACGGCGAGAAGUGAUGCAGCGCGAGUGAAACGCAGUUGAGGAACAGGCACAAAAGCUGCUUUACAACUGCUGCAGUGAACGGAUACUCUAAGCUCCAUCAUACGCCUUGCUACCGGGGGAUACCCUGCAAAAUAGAACUUCAUUGGCAGGUGCUGUCCAAGGCUGGAGGAGCCUAUGGGAGUCUUGAGGUACCCCAAGAUGCAGAAACCAGUAUGAAGAGAGACCCAAUGCUCUGACCAAAGAGCGCUCACCAGAGAACACCAAGGGAGGAAGGAAAAGGAGAAGGGAAGGAAAGCAGGGAAGGGAAAAGAGUGAAGUUAGGAUGGAGAGAGGCACGGUGUGUCUCCUGCUGGUUCUGUGGGCCUGUUUCACCCUCUGCUCCCCCAGCGAGGGCCUGCGAUCCCUGAGGAGGACUACAGGGGGGCGGCGGGGGGUGGCGGCGGCGGCGGGGGGGCUGAUGGGAGAGGACGCCAACGGAGCGCCGCUGAGAAGGUCCAAACGUGGGUGGAUGUGGAACCAGUUUUUCCUGCUGGAGGAGUACACUGGGACGGACAUGCAGUACGUCGGCAAGCUCCACUCUGACGGCGACCGAGGAGAUGGGAGCGUGCGGUACGUCCUGACCGGCGAGGGGGCGGGGAGUCUGUUCAAGAUUGACGAGAAGUCAGGGGACAUCCAUGCCACCAAGAGGCUGGACCGUGAGGAAAAAGGGUACUAUUCGCUCCGCGCCAAGGCCGUCAACAGGUUCACCAAUGAAGCGCUGGAGGGCGAGUCUGAGUUUAUCAUCAAGAUCCACGACAUCAACGACAACGAGCCCAAGUUCACAAAGGACAUUUACACUGCCAGCGUGCCUGAGAUGUCCAAAAUAGGUACCGUGGUGAUGCAGGUGACGGCCAACGACGCCGACGAUGCCACCUAUGGAAACAGUGCCAGGGUGGUCUACAGCAUCCUGCAGGGUCAGCCGUACUUCUCAGUGGAGCCGGAGACAGGUGUGAUCAGGACGGCCCUCCCGAACAUGGAUAGGGAGGUGAAGGAGAACUACCAGGUGGUGAUCCAGGCCAAGGACAUGGCUGGACAGAUGGGUGGGCUCUCAGGGACCACCACAGUCAGCAUCACCCUUUCAGACGUCAACGACAACCCCCCGCGCUUCUCCAAGAGUGUGUACGAGUUCAAGGCCCCGGAGUCGCUGGAGGCCGGCUCUGUCGUGGGCGUGAUCCGAGCUGUGGACGCUGACAUCGGGGAAAACGCCGCCAUGGACUACCGCAUCAGCAGCAGCGAUGGGGCGGGCAUGUUCGACAUCCACACCAACAGGAGCACCCAGGAAGGUGUCAUCACCCUCCGGAAGCCUCUGGACUUUGAGAAGAAGAGGACGUACAGCAUGAGGGUGGAGGUGGAGAACGUCCACCUGAACCCCCGCUUCCACACCAUGGGCCCCUUCAGGGACGAGGCCGCCGUCAAGCUGUUCGUGGAGGACGUGGAUGAGCCGCCCGUUUUCGAGCGAGCCAGCUACGUCAUGGAGGUGAAGGAGGACGCGCCCGCCGGCGUCGCCAUCGGCUCCGUGAGCGCCGCAGACCCCGACGGCAGCCGCAGUCCUGUCAGGUACUCCAUCGACCGGCGCACAGACAUGGACCGGGUGUUUAACGUGCACUCAGGCAAUGGCUCUGUGUUCACGCUGAAGAGUCUGGACCGGGAGGAGAACGCCUGGCACAACAUCUCCGUUGUGGCCACCGAGUUUAACAACCCUCGGCAGGUGAGCCGCGUGCCAGUGAACAUCAGAGUGCUCGAUGUCAACGACAAUGCUCCAGCAUUCGAGAGCCUGUACGAUGCGUUCGUGUGUGAAAAUGCCAAGGCUAACCAGGUGAUCCAGACUGUGAGUGCCACAGACCCUGAUGAGCCCAUAGGGGGACACCGCUUCUUCUUCAGUCUAGCCCAAGAGGUUUCUGGGAAAGCAAACUUCUCAGUCCGUGACAACAAAGAUAACUCGGCCUCCAUCCUGACGCGCCGGAGCAGCUACAGCAGCCUGCAGCGGAGCGUCUACCUGGUGCCCGUGGUGAUCUCGGACGGAGACUUCCCCAUGCAGAGCAGCACCAACACGCUGACGGUGCGCCUGUGCACCUGCGACCGCGAGGGCAACAUGAAGCUGUGCAACGCCGAGGCUCUCACGGGGAGGGCGGGGCUUAGCACCGGCGCCCUGGUCGCCAUCCUGCUCUGUGUCAUCAUCCUGCUCAUGAUCGUGGUGCUGUUUGCCUCCCUGAAGAGGCAGAGGAAGAAGGAGCCUCUGAUCAUCUCCAAAGAGGACGUGAGAGACAACGUCGUCAGCUAUAACGAUGAAGGGGGCGGAGAGGAGGACACUCAGGCCUUCGACAUCGGCACGCUGCGCAACCCGGAGGCCAUCGAGGAAAGCAAGCAGCGGCGAGACAUCGUCCCCGAGGCCUUCUACCCCGCCGUCCGCCGGCCCGUCCUCCCGCCGCCGGCGCAGCGGGACAACGGCGACGUCCGGGACUUCAUCAACCAGAGGCUCCAGGACAACGACACCGACCCCACGGCACCCCCCUACGACUCCCUCGCCACUUACGCCUACGAGGGGAACGGCUCGGUGGCCGAGUCGCUGAGCUCGCUGGAGUCGGUCACCACCGAGGGGGACCAGGACUACAACUACCUGAGCGAAUGGGGGCCGCGCUUUAAGAAACUGGCCGACAUGUACGGCGGGGAGGACAGCGAUAGGGAUUCCUAACGAGAAACCGGCGGGGAAAAAGGAAGGAGGAAAUGUUAAACAAACACGACACA